AUGUUUCCCCUUAAAAAAUUGCCUACCGAGCUUUCAUUUAAAAUUCUGAGCUAUCUCCAAGAUGAUCGGAAUUCACUAAUCAAAUCAGCCUGUGUGAAAAAGCUCAAUCCUUAUGCACUUCACUAUCUUUACCGCAAUCAUGCCCAGAUCACUCGCGCCAAUCUCCACACAGCACAGAAAUAUGCCGAUAUCAUAGAGCAUCUUGUACUGACUGACGACUCAGUUUCCCUCGAAGUCGCAGGCAUGUUAUUCCCUAGGCUUACUACGCUGCGACUGUUUCGCAUAGUCAAGCUUUUCCCGCUUUUUAUCCAAUGGUCCAAACGACUCAAGACGCUCGAGCUCCACGACUGUAGUAGCGAGGAAUUACUCUUUGAUCCGGUGCUAUCAAUUGACAUGCCGCCUCUAGUGAAUUGUAUCUUCAAAUUUAUUCCUGCCAGUCUUCGUGAACUGCGUAUACUAAACCAUAGAACAACUUUGGGAGCCCCACUCUAUCAAUGGAUGUCUCAAACCUGUCACAAUCUUCGCGUCCUCGAUUUGACUGGCUCUGCUCAUCCGAAUCUCCAUGUCCUACAGCAUCUCCUUGAGGACUACAUUCUCCCAGUAAAUAAGGGCUUAGAAGAGAUAGUAUUAUCACCGGUGCAAGUUCAUGGUGAAUUCUUUCAUCCUCAAGAUCAAGGCGUCGCAGAUAUCCUUCAGCUGCUACACCACUAUUGCGGAGGAACCAUACGACGCAUACGGAUAACCGAUCGCGAUUUAACUACUCUUUUCCCGAAUCUCCAAGAAUGUAUGAUUGCAGUACAAAAUAGGAUAGAAUUUUAG